AUGAGUGAUCCGAAACGAGAGCAACAUCCAUUGCUUGGCGAUGACUUUUCUGAAGAUGAAUGUCUCCCAGAUAGCCCAAGAUAUCAAUGGCGGGAUUUGAACAAAACCAGAACUAAGUACUGCAUAAGGGGAGCUGCAUCUAUUCUCAAACAGUGGCCAGAUCACGUAUCUUCACUUUUAGCCUAUUGGUGGAUGGGCCUAGCCAUGAUUGGUUUUACAGUACUUAUUAUUUAUAACAGCGUGUUAGCGAUUGCAGUGAUUCCAUCGCCGAAAAUAAACAAAGUUCCUUCAAAUAUUAAGACAAACGACUUUAUUGAAUAUGAAGCAUACAAAACAGUAAAUAUGCAUGUAAUAGUAGACAAUCUAGGCGUUGACUUAAGUAAAUAUAUGCCAUAUAUUGAAAUUAUAUCUAAAGAGCAUCCUGCUUUUAAAUAUAAUUUUAUGAUACUUUUAAAUGAUACCGAAUAUUCAAAUAAUAUACAAAAAGGGGUUGACAAAGAAAUAUCCUGGAACACGUCAUCUCUGGAAACUGUAAUUAAUGUGCAGCGUAAAUCAUUAUCAGAGUUUUUGAACGAGUCGCCUAUUAAAAAGUACUGGAUACAUUUGCCACAACAGUUUCUGGGAUUUCUCAUUCGAUGUAUUUCAAUAUGGAAUAAAGGUGGGAUAUCAAUAAACCCACAGUUAUUUACACCUGAAUCGCCUCACCCUCAUUAUAUCGAGAAAGUUCAAGAUAUAUUUCGAAGAUUCGAGGAAAAUAGUUCUAAGAGAGGCCGUAAAAAAAGCAGUACGACAAAAACUAAGAGAGUGAAUAAUAUUCGUGAUAUUAUAGAUGCCCUAGAUAAUGAUAGCCUUGAAAUGGACGAUCAAUUGAAAGAUGUCAACGUUGCAGAAGAAAAUAAAGAGUUUUUAGUAGUAGAUAGGAAUAGUUCUGAUUGGAUACAAAAGAACAUUAGUGUAAAUAAAAAAGAGUAUACAGUAAACAACAUGUUAAGGAAACAUAUACCACAUAAUAUGUUGGAUGUCAAACCAGUAAAUAAAUAUACAAAAGAUAAUUUUAUCCUAGAUAGUAAAUAUGAUGGUAAAACACUAUUUCCUAUGUUCCUUAAAUUUUUAUUCUCACCUAAAACGAAUACUAUACAUAAAAGAGAAGACAACAGUACAAACGAAAUAAGUGACUCUUACGAAAUUAAUGGACAGCAAACCGCUUUUAAACAUACAAAAAAGUUCAAUAAGAAGAAUACUAAUACUUUUAGUAAAGUUCCAAAUAUGCCAAUGAAGUCGUUGGGUUUUGAUUAUGACUUAAAUAUAGACUUAAAAGGUAAUAUAGUUGCAACUAAAACUUCUUGUCAUGCCUUUUUGGGCACAGUUUUUAAUACUGCAAUACACCACAUUAAAGAUGAAACUGUCACCGAUCUUAUAAUUUCGGAAUUAUCUACAUUUUGUAAAGGUAAUUGGAUUUAUUGUAAAGGUGUUGAUGUUAUUUUAUUGUAG